UGUAGCAGUAUGUGUGUUUGUGUGUGUGUGUGUGCAGGAGACAGAACCACUAACUGACUCCACAACCUCAAACCCAGCACAAGCCACCUUUGUACGCAGACACGUGUGAGUUUUCGCCUGUGUAAUGAGAGGAAUGACAGUGUGGAGAGCUCAAUGCUGGAGUCUGCCGGCGCUCCUGAUCCUGAUCUCUCCGCAGGGAAAUGCCCACCCGCAGUGCCUGGACUACAAGCCUCCGUUCCAGCCUCUCGAGCCCCUGCUCUUCUGCAAGGACUACGCCAAAUUUGGAUGCUGUGACUCAGACAGGGAUAACCAAAUCUCCCAGCGCUUCAACCAGAUCAUGGAUUACUUCGAUCAUUCGGGGUUCAUGGCCUGUGGGAAGUACAUCCGCAGUAUUCUUUGCCAGGAAUGCUCCCCUUAUGCGGCACAUCUGUACGAUGCGGAAGACGCCAACACCCCGAUGCGGGAGCUUCCCGGACUGUGUGGGGAUUACUGUGGGGAUUACUGGCUCCACUGUCGGUACACUCUCAGCCUUCUGACCAACUACAACGAAAGCUCUGCUGUUGAAGAAGACCGAAGCAAGUUCUGCAAAUACCUUGAGCUGAAAGAUCCAGAGUACUGUUACCCAAACGUCCUCUCUAACGACAAGCUCAACGCCAACCUGGGAGAUGUGAAGGCGGAUCCGCAAGGCUGCAUUCAGCUGUGCCUGGAAGAGGUUGCGAACGGUCUUCGCAAUCCUGUAGCGAUGGUACAUGCGAAUGACGGUACUCACCGCUUCUUUGUCGCCGAGCAGCUGGGUUACGUGUGGGUUUACUUGCCGAAUGGUUCUAGAAUUGACAGGCCGUUCCUGAAUCUGACCAGGGCGGUCCUCACGUCCCCUUGGGCAGGAGAUGAGCGAGGGUUCCUCUGCAUCGCCCUGCAUCCUCAAUUCACCACGGUGAAAAAAGCCUACGUCUACUACUCUGUGUCUGUGAAGAGGCAGGAGAAGAUUCGCGUCAGCGAGUUCAUCGUUUCCGAUUCAGAUAUGAAUAUGCUGGAUCACUCCUCAGAAAGGACACUUCUAGAGGUUGAUGAGCCUGCAUCAAACCACAAUGGAGGUCAGCUGCUGUUUGGGCUGGACGGCUAUCUGUACAUAUUCAUAGGAGACGGUGGCAAAGCAGGAGACCCUUUCGGAAAGUUUGGGAAUUCUCAAAACAAGUCCACUCUUCUAGGCAAAGCCCUGCGAAUCGACGUAGACAACAACGAUCAUGGCGCCCCCUACAGUAUCCCAUCAGACAAUCCUUUCGUAGGAGAGAGCGACUCGAGGCCAGAGAUCUACGCCUACGGUGUGAGAAACAUGUGGAGAUGUUCAGUCGACAGGGGCGAUCCGGUCAGCGGCCAGGGCCGAGGCAGAAUGUUCUGCGGGGAUGUUGGGCAGAAUAAAUAUGAGGAAGUGGAUCUGAUCGAAAGUGGAGGGAACUAUGGAUGGAGGGCAAAAGAAGGCUUCUCCUGUUACGACAACAAACUGUGCUCCAACUCGUCACUCAACGAUAUCCUUCCGAUAUUUGCUUACCCACAUAAAAUCGGCAAGUCUGUAACUGGCGGCUACAUCUACAGGGGCUGCCAGAUGCCCAAUCUGAACGGUCUGUAUAUCUUUGGGGAUUUUAUGAGUGGGCGCCUGAUGUCCCUAAAGGAAAACGCUGAGACGGGAAAAUGGAACUAUAAGGAGAUUUGUAUGGGCACUGACAAAACGUGCAGUUUCCCUAAACUUAUAAACAGCUACUACAAGUAUAUCAUAUCAUUUGGCGAAGAUGAGGCAGGUGAGCUGUACUUCCUUGCGACGGGAGCGGCGAGUGCCACGGCCAGAGCCGGAGUGGUGUAUAAGAUAGUGGAUCCCUCGAGGAGGGCCCCUCCAGGCAAAUGCAGCUUUAAGCCCACUCCAGUCAACAUCAAGGGAAAACUGAUUCAUUUCAGUCCUAAAGAAGAGUUUGUGAUUAACAAAAAACCCUCAACGACUGCCAUUCCCAAACUAAAACCAACCAAACCCAGUCCAACCCCACGACCGCGAGCACCACAAACGCCAACUUGCAGGACGACCACAGUCCGCCACUCCACGGCUCGUCCACGCGCUCUCCACACGACCCCUCGACCACUGACCCCCACCAGGCCCUCGUACUGGACCCCGGCUCCAAAAACCAAACCCACCGCAAGACCCUCGUACUGGACCCCGGCUACCAAACCCAAACCCACCGCAAGGCCCUCGUACAGGACCCCGGCUCCAAAAACCAACACCCCCGCCACGCCCUCGUACUGGACCCCGGCUCCAAAAUCCAAACCCACACCCACAGCAAAGACCCAAACAGGCAGACCUGGGAAACGAGGUCGAGGGAAACCUAGAAGGAAAGGAGACCGCAGGGGCCGGCCCCGCUCCGGGACAGUGCGGCUGGUCAGCGCAGACGGGUGGAAGGACCGCGGCCGGGUCGAGAUCUUCGUGCGCGGCGAAUGGGGAACGGUGUGCGACGACAUGUUCAACACGCAGGCCGCGGCGGUCGUCUGCCGGCAGCUGGGAUUCCCCGUGGUCGAGCGCGUGGCCAAGAGAGCAGAGCUCGGACCCGGAGCCAGCGAAGUCAGGAUCCUGCUGGACGACGUCGAGUGUGAAGGAACCGAACGGACUCUGUUGCACUGCAAACACGCCAAACUGGGCAAAAACAACUGUUCCCAUGACGAGGAUGUCGGGGUGGUGUGUGGCCAUUAUGAACAUGCAGUGGAGUGAAAGACAAUGAUCCCACAGACCAAAAAUACAACUGUUUACACAGAAACUGUCCAUUUGACAGAAAAAAAAAUAUAUAUUUUCAUUUAAAAUUACCUACUAUAAAUUAUAAAUGACCUACUGGAAAUUCCCCUGUUGCUACCAGAAGAGAAUAAGUGUUUUGUUUUUGAAUGAAGACACAAAUUAAAUAUCAUAUUAGACUAUAUGGAAUGAGAGAUAUAACAAAAAUAUGAUCAUCAAUCAAUCAAUCAAUCAAACAAUCAAUCAAACGAACACACGUUUUAAUAAUCUUUUUUUUCACACUGAAUCAUGCACUAUUUACACUGCGGUGAGUUGUUGACCAUCUCACACUAGAAAUAAAAA